GCCCGGCCAGGGCCCCUUCCCGGCCCGGCCCCUGCCCCGGGGGGCCCCGCUCGGAGGGAAGGAAAACAGGUCACCUGGCCUCCCCCUCUCUCUUUGUUCUCCAACAACUUCCGCUGGCUCCUUGCAGAGGACGGGCUCUGGCCAUCACUUGCCAGGAUACAGAAUUUUGGCCAUUCUCUACGCCCAGGCAGCCACUCUGCCGUCACAUCUGCCCUCUAGAGGUCUCUGCAGUGAUCACACUGCUGUAUCCCACCAGCUUGAUACUUGUGUAACACAUGGGGAAACUGAGGCACGCACACAGUAUUGAGAGAAAACCUUAAGAACAAUCCCGCUUCAUCAGACCCCUCUGAGACCAGCCCAGGGGCACUUUCUCCAGUGGCUGGAACCAUUCUGAGCAUACCAGCCCCUGAGCCUGAACCUGCAAGCGAUGGAGAGACCUGGGGAAAGGGCUGGAGCUGGGCAGGGAAAUGACUCUGCACGAAAGGCGCCUUUCAGGGACUAGCUGGCUGAGGAAUCGCGUCCACGUUUCGCUCCAGAUCGUCCAGUCUUGCAGGGGACAGGGCAGGGAAAUGGCUGUGAUGGAGCCAGCUGAGAUGCCGGUGACCUUCGAGGAGGUGGCUGUGUAUUUCACCCAGGGGCAGGGGGCUCUGCUGGAUCCCGCUCAGAGAGCCCUCUACAGGGACGUCAUGCAGGAGAAUUACGAGACAGUGACCUCGCUGGGAUUCCCCCUUCCCAAACCUGACCUGAUCGCCCGACUGGAACGAGGGGAAGAGCCAUGGGUGCCCGAUCUCCAGGCCGGUGAGGAAAGAGAGAUCCCGAGAGUCACCCACACAGGUGAUAAGAGAGUGAGUGAAAACGAGGAGGGGAAUCAACAGCAGGAGAUUCCUGGGUACAGGGAAUCACAGGGCACCUUUGUGGGAAGACCCCAUAAGUGCUUAAACUGUGGAAAAAGUUUCAUAUGGAGGUCACAACUUGUUUUACAUCAUCGAAUCCACACAGGAGAGAGACCCCACAAGUGCUUAGACUGUGGGAAAAGUUUCAUACGGAGGUCAAACCUUCUUAAACAUCAGGCAAUCCACACAGGAGAGAGACCCCAUAAGUGCUUAGACUGUGGAACAAGUUUCAUAUGGAGGUCACACCUUGUUAGACAUCAGGCAAUCCACACAGGAGAGAGACCCCAUAAGUGCUUAGACUGUGGAAAAAGUUUCAUACGGAGGUCACAACUUGUUUUACAUCAGGCAAUCCACACAGGAGAGAGACCCCAUAAGUGCUUGGACUGUGGGAAAAGUUUCAUAUGGAGGUCAGAUCUUGUUAAACAUCAAGCAGUCCACACUGGAGAGAGACCUCAUAAGUGCUUAGAUUGUGGAAAAAGUUUUAUACAGCGAUCAACCCUACUUGGUCAUCAGGCAAUCCACACUGGAGCGAGACCCCAUAAAUGCUUAAUCUGUGGAAAAAGUUUCAUACGGAGGUCAGAUCUUGUUAAACAUCAAGCAGUCCACACUGGAGAGAGACCCCAUAAAUGCUUAAUCUGUGGAAAAAGUUCCAUACGGAGGUCAGAUCUUGUUAAACAUCAAGCAGUCCACACUGGAGAGAGACCCCAUAAAUGCUUAAUCUGUGGAAAAAGUUUCAUACGGAGGUCAGAUCUUGUUAAACAUCAAGCAGUCCACACUGGAGAGAGACCUCAUAAAUGCUUAGAUUGUGGAAAAAGUUUCAUACAGCGAUCAAUCCUACUUGAUCAUCAGGCAAUCCACACUGGAGAGAGACCCCAUAAAUGCUUAAUCUGUGGAAAAAGUUUCAUACAGAGGUCCUGCCUUGUUAGACAUCAGGCAAUCCACACUGGAGAGAGACCCCAUAAAUGCUUAGACUGUGGAAAAAGUUUCAUACAGAGUUCAGACCUUGCAAAACAUCAGAUAAUCCACACAGGAAAGAAAUCCCAUAAAUGUUUGGACUGUGGGAAAAGUUUUACACAAAGGUCAAAUCUUAUGGCACAUCAGGCAAUCCACACAGGAGAGAGUCCCCACAAAUGCUUAGACUGUGGGAAAAGUUUCAUACAGAGGUCCUGCCUUGUUAGACAUCAGGCAAUCCACACUGGAGAGAGAGCCCAUAAGUGCUUGGACUGUGGGAAAAGUUUUAUACGGAGGUCAGACCUUCUGAAACAUCAGGCAAUCCACACAGGAGAGAGACCUCAUAAGUGCUUAGACUGUGGGAAAAGUUUCAUACAGAGGUCCCACCUUGUUAGACAUCAGGCAAUCCACACUGGAGAGAGAUCCCAUAAAUGUUUAAUCUGUGGAAAAAGUUACAUACAGAGGUCCCGCCUUGUUAGACACCAGGCAAUCCACACUGGGGAGAAAGCCCAUAAGUGCUUAAUCUGUGGGAAAAGUUUCAUACGGAGGUCCCACCUUUUUAAACAUCAGGCAAUCCACACUGGAGAGAGACCUCAUAAGUGCUUAGACUGUGGGAAAAGUUUUAUCCAGACGUCCCACCUUGUUAGACAUCAGGCAAUCCACACAGGAGAGAGACCCCAUAAGUGCUUAGACUGUGGGAAAAGUUUUAUCCAGAGGUCCCAUCUUGUUAGACAUCAGGCAAUCCACACAGGAGAGAGACCCCAUAAGUGCUUAGACUGUGGGGAAAGUUUCAUACAUAGGUCCCACCUUGUUAAACAUCAAGCAAUCCAUACAAGAGGGAGACCAUAAGACUCUUGGAAAGGUUUCAGAAACAGAUUAGCCCUUCUAAAGAUCAGGCAAUCCACACACGCGAGAGAACCCCGUAAGUGCUUAGACUAUGGAAGAAUGUUUCAAAUAGAUGUCAUCCCUUGUUUUACAUCAGAGAAUCCACACAGAGGAGUGACCCCAUAACUGCUUAGCCUGUGAAAGACCUUUUAAAUGGAAGUCAGAACUUGUUUCAAAUUAGGCAAUUCACACAGGAGAGAGACCCUAUAAGUGUUUGGACCAUGUGAAAAGUUUCACACAAAGAUCGAAUCUUAUAACACUCAGAGGAUCCACACAGGAGAGAGACCGCAUCAGUGCUCAGACUGGAAAAAGUUUCCUACAUAGGUCAGACCUCGUUAAACAUCAGCUAAUCCACAGAGGAGAGAGAUCCCAUAAGUGCUUAGGCUGUGGGUAAAGUUUUAUAAGGAGCUCAGCCCAUGUUUUAGAUCAGAGAAUCCACACAGGAGACCCCAUAAGCGCUCAAACUAUGGAGAAAGUUUCAUACCGUGGUCAAGGCUCCUUAAUUAUCAGGCAAUCCUCGAAAGAGGGAGUCUCCGUAGAUGCUUAGACUGUGGAAAAAGUUUCAUACAGAGGUCAGACCUUGUUAAACAUCAGACAAUCCACACUGAAGAGAGAUCCGAUAAGUGCUUAGACCAGGGGUGGGCAAACUUUUUGGCCUGAGGACCACAUCGGGGUUGAAAACUUGUAUGGAGGGCUGGUUCAGGGAAGGCUGUGUCUCCCCAAACAGCCUGGACCCGCCUCCAUCUGACCCCCUCCCACUUCCUGCCUUCUGACUGCCCCCCUCAGUAUCCCUGAUCCAUCCAACCCCUCCUGCUCCUUGUCCCCUGACCGCCCCCUCCAGAGACCACCCACCCACCCCUAACCACCCCCCAGGACCUCAUCUGAAGGAUUCAUGCAGAGUUCAUGCACUUGGCAACAUUUAGGGCACACCCUGAGUGUUGUGUAGGAGCAGUGCACACACGGCUCCUCUCAAGGGCAUGAACCUUGGAAACUCGCCCAAAGGACAUGGACCGUGGGAAGCCUCCCAGGACUGGGCUCAAGGCCCGAGAGCAAGGAAUGCGGUAGAUAGAAAUUGGUAAAUAAGAAUCUUAAACAAAGCCAGUGUAAACUGGUGUUGUUAAUAAAUUGGAAGAAGAUAGUGGGGCUGUUGAUUAAUUGCAGUUAACUCGCAUGAUUAACUCAAAAAAAUUCAUUGGGGUUAGAAAAAUUAAUCUCAAUGAAUCACAUUGUAAAACAAUAGAAUACCAAUUGGAAUUUGUUAAAUGUUUUUGGAUAUUGUUCUGCGUUUUCUCAUAUGUUGAUUUCUCACAACAAAGAAUAGAAAGUGUACAGUGCUGACUUUAUAUUAUUUUUUAUUACAAAUAUUUGUACUAUAAACAUUCAAAACAAAAAUAGUAUUUUUCAAUUCACCUCA